ACUGAUGUCGUGGCGCUUUGGGGUGAAGAGCCUGGUGCUUGUCUUGGCCCUGGUACCGAAGACGCUGUCCGGGUGGCACCAGGCUCCUUCUUACCCACCACUCCGCUCGCCUUUAUCCUCCUUCCUCUGGCAAAAUGAGACGUGCAGGCCUGGGUGAAGGAAUACCUCCUGGCAACCAUAGAAACUAUGGCUAUGCUAAUAGUGGGUACAGUGCUUGUGAAGAAGAAAAUGACAGACUCACUGAAAGUCUGAGAAACAAAGUCACUGCUAUAAAAUCUCUUUCCAUUGAAAUAGGCCAGGAAGUUAAAAAUCAAAAUAAAUUAUUAGCUGAAAUGGAUUCACAAUUUGAUUCUACAACUGGAUUUCUAGGGAAAACGAUGGGAAGGCUGAAGAUUUUAUCAAAAGGGAGCCAAACAAAGCUGCUGUGCUAUAUGAUGCUGUUUUCACUGUUUGUCUUUUUUGUUAUUUACUGGAUUAUUAAACUGAGGUGAUGCAAAUAAGUCUGAGUUUGGAAUUUGUCCCAGUUUAGUGGCUUGGAGUGCCACUGCAAAAAAGUCAGCAUCUGAACAUUCCUAAUUCUCAAAUACUAUGGCUUUUCCAUUGAAGAUCAUCAAAUUUGACUUGUUUUAUAACUCACUUUAGGUAAUACAGUGCUCUUUUAAUACUGUUUCUUAAUGAUUCAUUGUUUGCCUCUAUUUUCAGGGGCACUGAGUGGCCUGAAACCAGCCCAGCCCUAAUAAUUUUACAUUGUUUGCUAACUUUCAGGUGAGAUAGCAAUAUGAUCUUCUGUUCCUACCAUAAAUGUAGGCAUCUGCCCCAUAGGGACACUUAGUCACAUUGUAACAAAAUGCUUGGAGAGCCUGGAGAGCCUAGUACUGUGCUCCUGAGGGAGUGAACAGUUUGUGACACAAUGGUAAAUGCAGUUUCCUGAAUUGUCAUCAACGGAAACAAUGCACUCUCCUUUCCUCCUUUAUUUGGCUAAAAUUGUGGGUUGCAAUCUUUUUCUCUACAAUUUUUCUAAUUUUUGAUGAUAUAACUCCAUCAGUUCCUCUAGCCAAUGGCCUCAUUCUUUAAUAAAAACUUGUUAUUUGGGAAUAUUUCUAGUAGAGUCCAACAUAAUUAUGUACUAGUAUAGUUGAUGUUUUCUAUUGACUUUAUACAUAUCAUUGGUUUGGCUUCUAAUAGUUUUAUGAUUUUAGCUACUUUUAGUUAUUUGUGACAGAAUAAUGUGAAGCUAAAGUAAUUGCUAAGCUUUGAGUAGAAAUAAAGUGUUUAAGAAAAUGAAUUGCCUCUGCUGCAUUACAUGUUAAAGGAUAUAUUGAAGAAUACUGAAUUUGCAAGUAAGACUAUUGUCACUUUAAUCCAAUAUAUUUGUUUAUAGAAAGCAAAACGCAAGGUGGACUGUUGAGUAGAAAGAAAUAUUAAAAUGUUAAAUACUCUGUAUUUCUCCUGUUUUGGAACGUAUCCAUUUAUAGGUUCUCAAUAAAUUUUUUAAUGA